GUGAAGGGCUCAGAGUUGCGCUGAGUGGCUGGAGCGGCGAGGCGCGGGCGGCGUGCGCGGACUCGGCGAGGCGGGCGGGCGGGCAGGACGGCGGCGGAGUCGGCCCCGCGCGCCUCGCCUUCGUUCCCAUCUUCUCGCCGGCCGCCCGGAGCUAGCGCCUGUGGCUCCCGGGCUGGUGUUUUGGGGAGCGCCCGGAGAGCCCCUUCUCCAGCCGCCCCCGGGAGGGGAGCCCCGCCGCCCGGGCGCUGCUGUGACAGAGCGGCGACUGUCGCCGGGAAGUCCGGAGAGCGGCUGCAGCGGCAGAGAACUUUCCUGACCAGGAGGACAGGGGACGAGGGGCCCCGGGUCUCGGAGCGAACUUUUGCAAAGCUUCCCUCCGCCGGAGCCGCGGCGGCGGCGGUCACGAACGGCGGGCGCGGGGAGGAGCGAGGAGGGGCGCGCUCCGCUCCGCGCGCACCGGCUGCUGAGCUUGGGCGCGCGAGCCGCGGAGGAGGGCACGGGCGUCGGGGCGGCGGAGACCCGCCGCCGGCCGGCCACCGCGGGGCGCGCGCGGGCCGGCGCCGCCGGAGCGCGGCUGCCUCCGGGCAAGUUCGUCCGCGGGCCCGGGGAGCGCGCAGGGAGCGCCCGCCGCUUUCCGGAGGCCGGCGGGGCGCACGGCCGCGGGCGCGCGCCGGGAGAAACUUUGCCCGCCGAGGCCGGAGGCGCGGCGCUCCCGCCCCGCCGGCGCGCUGUUGCGGCCCCGAGACUCCUGCGCGCAGCCCGGAGCAGCCCUACGUGAAGCGACGGACUGUUCUAUGACUGCAAAGAUGGAAACGACCUUCUACGACGAUGCGCUCAACGCCUCGUUCCUGCAGUCCGAGAGCGGCGCCUACGGCUACAGCAACCCCAAGGUCCUCAAGCAGAGCAUGACCCUGAACCUGGCCGACCCGGUGGGCAGCCUGAAGCCGCACCUCCGGGCCAAGAACUCGGACCUGCUCACCUCGCCCGACGUGGGGCUGCUCAAGCUGGCGUCGCCCGAGCUGGAGCGCCUGAUAAUCCAGUCCAGCAACGGGCACAUCACCACCACGCCGACUCCCACCCAGUUCCUGUGCCCCAAGAAUGUGACCGACGAGCAGGAGGGCUUCGCCGAGGGCUUCGUGCGCGCCCUGGCCGAACUGCACAGCCAGAACACGCUGCCCAGCGUCACGUCGGCGGCGCCGCCGGUCAGCGGGGCGGGCAUGGUGGCUCCCGCGGUGGCCUCGGCGGCGGGCGGCGGCGGCGGCGGCGGCUUCAGCGCCAGCCUGCACAGCGAGCCGCCCGUCUACGCCAACCUCAGCAACUUCAGCCCGGGCGCGCUGGGCGGCGGCGGGGCGCCCUCCUACGGCGCGGCCGGCCUGGCGUUCCCCGCGCAGCCCCAGCCGCCGCCGCCGCCGCAGCCGCACCACCUGCCGCAGCAGAUCCCCGUGCAGCACCCGCGGCUGCAGGCCCUGAAGGAGGAGCCGCAGACGGUGCCCGAGAUGCCCGGGGAGACGCCGCCCCUGUCCCCCAUCGACAUGGAGUCCCAGGAGCGGAUCAAGGCGGAGAGAAAGCGCAUGAGGAACCGCAUCGCUGCCUCCAAGUGCCGGAAAAGGAAGCUGGAGAGGAUCGCCCGGCUGGAGGAAAAAGUGAAAACCUUGAAAGCGCAGAACUCGGAGCUGGCGUCCACGGCCAACAUGCUCAGGGAACAGGUGGCACAGCUUAAACAGAAAGUCAUGAACCACGUUAACAGUGGGUGCCAGCUCAUGCUAACCCAGCAGUUGCAAACGUUUUGAGGAGAGACUGUUGGGGGCUGAGGGGCAACGGAGAGAAAAAAUAACACGGAGAGACAGACUUGAGAACUUGACAAGUUGCGAGAGAGAAAAAAAAGUGUCCGAGGACUAAAGCCAAGGGUAUCCGAGCUGGGCUGGGUUGCGUCCUGACGGCGCCCCCAGUGUGCACGAGUGGGAAGGACUCGGCCGCCCGCCUUCGGCGUGGAGCCAGGGGGCGGCCGCCGGCGGGCCACCCCGCUUUGCGGACGGGCUGUCCCCGCGCGGACAGACGGCGGACUUCUCUUUAACGUUGACCAAGAACUGCAUGGACCUAACAUUCGAUCUCAUUCAGUAUUAAAGGGGGGGAGGGGGGCGCAACUGCAGUAGAGACUGUAGACGGCUUCUGUAGUACUCUUUAAGAGCACGGGGCUGGGGGGCGGCGGGAGGGAGGUUCGUGAGAGCGAGGCUGAGGCCGCACAUGAACUCUUGCCGGCCCGCCUUCCUUAACUGUGUAUGUACAUAUGUAUUUUUUUUAAUUUGAUGAAAGCUGAUUACUGUCAAUAAACAGCUUCAUGCCUUUGUAAGUUAUUUCAUGUUUGUUUGUUUGGGUAUCCUGCCCAGUGCUGUUUGUAAAUAAGAGAUUUGAAGCACUCUGAGUUUACCAUUUGUAAUAAAGUAUAUAAUUUUUUUA